CGUUCAUUAGACUUUUUCUCUCUCCUCUCAGAUCUGCUCUGCGUUGAGUGUUAUUACUCUAAAAUAAUUCUCAAGAAAGGAGAAGGGGAAAAUCCAUUAAAUCAUGCCCUAGAUGGAAAUCCGAUUCUGAAAUUUCGCGCAAAUUUGCUUAACUACGGCUUGGUUAUCAUCCUUUUGACUAAUUAUGAUAUUUUUCUCAUAUUUCUCCGGCAAUUAAGAUUUUAGCUUUUCCAUAUGAAUGGAGACCCAAAGAGUGGUGGAUUUCCCGCACAGAAGCAUGGAUAAACGACCUCGAAAGCGACCUCGUUUGACAUGGGAUAUCCCUCCUGCUGUUCCUCCUCUUGCUCCUCCAAAGAUUCUUCCAAAUAUAUACUGUGCCCAAGAUUUUGCUACACUCCCUAAUUAUGCAUAUUCAUCGAUAUAUUAUAAGGGGAUCCCUCGUAAUGGAUCUCCACCUUGGAGACCGGAUGAUAAAGAUGGGCAUUAUGUAUUUGCUAUUGGGGAGAACUUAACUCCUCGUUACAGGAUACUCAGUAAAAUGGGUGAAGGGACUUUUGGGCAAGUUCUAGAAUGUCUGGACAAUGACAGGAAAGAGAUUGUUGCAAUUAAAGUUGUUCGUUCAAUACAGAAGUAUCGGGAAGCCGCCAUGAUUGAAAUUGAUGUUUUACAGAAACUAGGAAGGCAUGAUAUCUGUGGCACACGUUGUGUGCAAAUACGGAAUUGGUUUGACUAUCGUAAUCAUAUUUGUAUUGUCUUUGAGAAGCUUGGUCCAAGCUUAUAUGAUUUUCUACGCAAAAACAGCUAUCGUUCAUUUCCCAUUGAUCUUGUUCGGGAGUUUGGCCGACAACUUUUGGAAUCUGUGGCAUUUAUGCAUGAUCUUCGCCUGAUUCACACCGAUUUAAAACCAGAAAAUAUUCUUCUAGUUUCCUCAGAGUAUAUUAAAGUUCCAGAUUAUAAGUUUCUAUCUAGAUCUGCAAAAGAUGGUUCCUACUUCAAAAAUCUACCCAAAUCUAGUGCUAUAAAACUUAUUGAUUUUGGUAGUACCACAUUUGAACAUCAAGAUCACAAUUAUGUAGUGUCUACACGCCAUUAUCGUGCUCCAGAGGUUAUUUUGGGUCUUGGAUGGAACUAUCCCUGUGAUAUGUGGAGUGUAGGCUGCAUACUCGUGGAAUUGUGCUCUGGCGAGGCACUUUUCCAGACCCAUGAGAACUUGGAACAUCUUGCAAUGAUGGAAAGGGUGUUGGGUCCACUGCCUCAACAUAUGAUUAUACGAGCCGACCGUCGUGCUGAGAAAUAUUUCAGAAGGGGUUCAAGGUUGGAUUGGCCAGAGGGUGCAACUUCCAGAGAAAGUAUUAGAGCAGUUUGGAAAUUACCCCGACUCCAGAAUCUGAUCAUGCAACACGUAGACCACUCGGCUGGAGAUCUGAUUGAUCUUUUGCAAGGGCUUCUGCGGUAUGACCCUGCAGAACGACUUAAAGCAAGAGAAGCUCUAGGGCACCCCUUUUUUACAAGGGACCUUAGAAGGUUUGGAUAUCCACUGUGAAUUGGAAAUCUUAUUGAAGAUUGAAUGAAGAGAAGCCCGGAGGGUAAGAAUAUACUUCACAUACACAUGCGUCGCAGAAGUGAAUGAAAAUAGAUAUAAAAAAGGGGAAAUGGAAAGGGGGUUGGAGAGCACACUAGGAUGUUGGCUGCUACCAUAAUAACUUGAAAUGUACUAACUCCAUGCCUGAUUGUGUUGUAAAAUAUGCUACUUUUUCAGGUUUGUGGUGUUUGUCUUUUUUUUUUUUUUGUUGUUUUUCUGGUUUUCUGGUUUUUGUCCGUUAUGAUUGCUCGUGUCCAUCACUUGGGAGAAAUAUGAGUACAUACAUAUAUCCCAUUUCUGUUGUAUAUGAUGCUCGUUACAGCUGGCCUUUCAUUGCCUUUUGCCUUUGCAGUUCAUUUGGACUCA